CCAAACACACAUACGCGUCAUGUCACAACCAUGCAAAAUAUGCAAAAACUCAACACGUGUCAGUUUAUCCACACAAACAAAAAACAUAUAGAUAAUUAAAAAAAAAAAAUUGCAUAACAUCUCACUCUCUAGAGAAUCAUAUUUCAUAGUUCUAAAAAAAAUAGAUAAUCGUGUGAUAAAAGAACCAAAAAAAAAAAAAAAAGUAUGUCGAUGGUUUCUUCAUCACAACCUCCAUGGCAAGUUCUUGUUCUUGUAGCAAAUCAUCUUGAUCCAAAAACCUUAGCCAUAGCUUCAUGUGUUUGCAAAUCAUGGUCCACUUCUAUGUCUUUAGAUCAAAUAUGGCAACCCCUUUGUUCUACUCAUUAUCCUUCUCUCUCAACACUUCAUAAUUUUGACAAUAACAAUAAUAAUAGUGAUAAGAACGAUUUUAAUGUAUCUUACUCUUACCGGCGGUUAUACGCCCUCGGUAAGACGGCAAGUAACCGCCGGUUGAAACAGCCGUCAAAACCUCAUAUUUCCCUUAAUAACAUUAUAUUUGCACUAAACAUAUACAAAAACUCUACAUCUAAGGUUGCUUUAGUUAAGCAUGGAAGUCAACUUAGUUUCGACAAGAAGGGUAUUUUUCGAUUCGAUAUCGAUGUCGAGCAGUGGCGGAGGAUUCCUGGCUCCUCUACUGACACAAAGAAUGGAGACCUAGGACCAUUCGAUACCCUCGGAGACCUGAGGGUAACAUGGGAUGUAAUUUUGGAUGGUUACAAAGGAGUUUUCAGUGUGAUGAAUUGCAAAGGGAAAGGUAGGUUUGUUUUAGGGCUAGAAGGGUGGUUUUUAGAGGAGCUACCGACACCGGGGUGUUGCUCGAGCGAUACCGUUAGCGGUCUCGUGGCGGAUUUACGGCUAGGGUUGAAGGUUGAAGAUGGAAGAGCAAUGGUGGAGAAGAUAAGUGCUGGAAUUUUGAGUAUAGUGAGUUGGAGAUAUCUAUUUGUUGAAGAUGCACUUAGUGAUUUGCCAUGGACGACGGUCAAAGACUUGUAUAAUUAAACUAGACGGCCUAUGCUCGUGCUGUAUACGGGCUCAACACUUUAAAUUAUAGUGCAUUUAUGUGUAUGUAGUUAUUUUUGAAUAGUGUAUAUAUAUAUAUAUAUAUAUAUA